GGCGGAGUGGGGCCAAGGUCCCGAGAGCGGCGGGGCUGGGUUUCCAGUGUCCCUGGGGUUCCGGAGGCCGCGGGCCCGGAGUCCUGGCUUACCGUGAGUCCGCCUGCAGAAGGGCUGCCCGUCAGCUAGGCGCCCAGGAGCUCGUUGGCCCCAACGCGACUGGAAGUUACAGAUGAGAUUGCAGGCAGCCAGCAGGACAGACUGACCACUGUGGAAGCGGGCAGGAGGUGGGUGCCAGGGCAGAAUGUACACGCUGCUGUCGGGGCUGUACAAGUACAUGUUCCAGAAAGAUGAGUACUGCGUUCUGAUCCUGGGCCUGGACAAUGCUGGGAAGACGACUUUCCUGGAGCAGUCGAAAACAAGGUUUAACAAGAACUACAAGGGGAUGAGUCUAUCCAAAAUCACCACCACCGUGGGUUUAAACAUUGGCACUGUGGAUGUGGGAAAGGCUCGCCUCAUGUUCUGGGACUUAGGGGGACAGGAAGAACUGCAGUCAUUGUGGGACAAGUACUAUGCGGAAUGCCAUGGUGUCAUCUAUGUCAUUGACUCCACCGAUGAGGAGAGACUGUCAGAAUCCAAACAGGCAUUUGAGAAGGUGGUUGCAAGUGAAGCGCUGGACGGUGUUCCCAUCCUGGUGCUGGCCAACAAGCAAGAUGUGGAGACCUGCCUUUCCAUCCCUGACAUCAAGACUGCAUUCAGUGACUGCACCUGCAAGAUUGGCCGGCGAGACUGUCUGACUCAGGCCUGCUCUGCUCUCACGGGCAAAGGAGUGCAAGAAGGCAUUGAAUGGAUGGUGAAGUGUGUUGUGCGAAACGUGCACCGGCCCCCACGGCAGAAGGACAUUACCUAAGUACCUGCAGCAUUCCUGUCUGGAUGGUUCGUCCCCUAGUGCUGAAGAAGCAGGCUCCUUUGCCACCGAUCUGGGAACUGAGCUGGCUUUCUUUUCUUUCAUUUAUUUGUUUUGUGUUUUCUCUAAGACAAUUUUUUUCUUUGUGACUGGAGAAGUGUAGGCAUCCAGAGGCUUCUGCUGAGAGACGGGCAUACAGCCACUCCAGGUCUACACAGACCCCACAGACCUGAACCCUGCCUAAUGUUCCCAAGGUCUGGGACCCUUCCAGCCCAGUCAGCGAGGAGGGUUAGGGGCAGUGAGUUCAUCCCCAAGCUUGCCUUCUGGCCUGUUACAAAGUAGAAACUGAGGGUAGCCUGGUAGAAAUGGUUUGGCUCUGGCAGCUGCUCUGUCCAGCUUUACAACCCUGGAGGAGGUAGCCAGGAUGGGUCCUGGAACUGGUCUAGCUAAUGGUUUCACCUUGAGAAAGUCUUAACCCAUAUCCCUAGAGGCCAGCAUCUCCCUUGAAUUUCUUUUUGGUUUUGUUUUUGAGGACAAAGUGUCUAUAGCCCAGGCUGACCUGGAAUCUUUAGUCCUCUUGCCUCUACCUCCUGGGAUUACAGAAGUGGGACAUGCCUGCUUUCUACUUGGUUUUGAGGCAUCCUUGAGACAGUUUCAGAACUCCCUGGACCAGAUUUCCACCACUGGCCCAUUCUCACUUAGCUUUAAUCUCCAGAAAAGAGAGAUGAUGUAGAAAUGCUGAGAGGCCAGGUCCUUCUGGGUGUGCAUGUUCAUAUAACAACCCCCCCCCCCACGCACACACAUACUGGUUAGGUGUUGUCUAGUAAGAACAGUCUGGCCCCUGGCCAACUCAGGUGUUUUGAAUUACGUGUGCUGGAUCUGAGCCCCUAGGGACCAGCAGCCAUGUUGGGGCUGCCAUACUCAAAAAUCCUGUCAGGCUGAGUGCCCUGCCUUCCCAGUGUAUCCAGAGCAAAGUUGUAAAAUAAAGACAGUCUAACUGGC